AUGGAAUUCGAUUCACACUCGACGGCGUGCCCAGCCAAACCAGCCGGAGCCGGCGAGAAAGGUGCCGCACUCAUAGGAUCUCUCACGUUCCAACAUCUCAUUUCGAUCAUCAGCUGGGCUUGCUUUGCUGUCUCUGCCAUACUGUGGCUCGUCCUGAUCGUCCCUCACCUGCGCCAGUACAAGGCUCCCAACGAGCAGCGUCAGAUUUUCAGAAUCGUCUCAACACCGUUGAUUUUCACGAUCGUUGCUGUCAUCUCUACCCACACUUACGAUGUUGCUGAAUACCUCGAACCGUUGUCCAACCUCUAUGAAGGGUUUGCGCUAGCGUCACUCUUCUUGCUAUAUGUUCAGUACGUCACUCCAGACGCCACGACAAGAGAUGCCUUCUUUCAGAGCUUGGAGAAGAAAAGCAAGAAAGGAAGUAUCACGCCAGGCGGGAGUCUUCGCUGGUUCUGGAACACCUGGAGGACAGUAUUCUUCUACGUUGUCAUCUACACAGCUCUCGUUAUCAUCCAAGAAAUUACAAAGGCGACGGGUGCUUACUGCAGCACUUCUUCCAAACCGAGAUUUGCAAACAUCUGGAUCCAAGCCCUCGAACUCGGCACCACCAUCUGGACUAUUCUCGCAGUGGUCAGGUUCCAGCGCCGACUUCGAGAGUUCAUGACUGGUAAGAGGGCUGUUGUGAAACUGGUGAUGUUCAAGCUAUUUGUAGUUGUCACCACCCUUCAGCGGUUCAUCUUCAGUAUCCUCCGGUCCAAAGUCACCGGCAGUUCCAAAGUGACCUACGACGACAUCACUAUUGGACUACCGGCGUUGCUGAUCUGCGUUGAAGCAUUGAUGUUCAUGGUUGGAAAUUACCUCAUUUUCAACGUGAGGGAAUAUCGAACCGGCCAAGAGAAGGACGGCCCAACGUACGUUGUUGGGAAGUCCUUGCCUGAUGCUUUGAAUCCCGUGGACUUGCUUCGAGCUAUUGCGCUGGCGUUUGGGUCCCUCAGGACACGGAAACCUGUUCAAGGCGACAUAAAGCAUCCUUUUGAAUACGGCUGUGUGAUUCUUUGA